GUGCUUACUCUGUAAUACAUAAUUCUUGGUCUUAUUUACAGAGCAAUGGAAUAAAAAUAGUAAACAGGUAACAAUGUUGAUCUCAUGAACUUCACAGCAUGUUGUUUUUUAUCUAAUAUCUUAUUGUACACUUAACAAAACAUUUGAUUGUGACUUAUGUUUGUAUAAAACGUUUGAAAAAAAUCAAAUGAAAGAAGAACAUUACAAUAAAAUGAACAUAAAAAAUAAAUUUAGUUCCUUAUGAAGUAAAGGAACUUUCUGUACUCAAAUGGCUUCUCAUAAAAUCAAAAGUUAAAGUCUAAAGUUGUAAAAAGAAGUAACACAACUUAAUCAACAUGGCACCGGUUGAUGAUCUAGCAGCAAAUGAAACUCAGUAUAUUAUUAAUAUUUCACUAGCCCUUGUUGGACUUGGGCUUUCAUUGUUCAUCUUAGCAAUAAUAUACACAAAGAAAAUAUACAGGACAAAUACUGGAAAAUUACUCUCAAGUUUGUUGUUGUGUGAUUCAAUAACAGCAAUGUUUAUGAUUAUACUGAGUAGUUUGAUUAUAAAUCAGCUUCACCACAAAAUCAAUUUUAUGAAUUGGUACAGGCAUCUUGUAGUGUUCUUAUGGCUGACAACGACCUCUGUCAUUUUGUCAGCAUUUACGCUGAUAUUAAUUUCUCUUGAACGCUAUAUUGCUGUGAAAUAUCCAUAUGUCUAUUCAACAUACGUUAGAAGUUCACACAUAGAAAUAGCAAUAAGCUGUAGCUGGUUGCUGGUUUUUGUCUACGGUGCAAGUGGGAUGACAUUGGGAUUGUUAGGAAAAGAAGAUGGCUUUGAGAUGUCAUCUUAUGGUUGGAUCAUAAUAGUCAUAACAUCUUAUAUUUUUUUGAUUACAUGCAACACAGCCUUAUUUUUUAUUGCUAGAAGUCAACUCAACUCAAUAGCUUCAGUGGCACUUACUACCAACAACAAAUAUCUUAAAAAGCAUAAAACAAUGCUUAAAGAAAUAAAAGCUGCAAAGGUUUGUUUUGGUGUUGUUUUAGCAUUUACUAUAACCUACACACCAAAGUUUGUUGAUGCAAUAAUUCAGUUGGUAACUGAUAAAAACUACCCCAAUAAAUGGCAUGCAAUGAUUAUUGGGUAUGGGAUUGUAUUGAACACGAUAUUGGACCCAAUCAUAUAUGCACUGAUAAACAAAAACUUAAAACGAAGUAUAACACAAAUAAUACCUUGCUGUUGCUGCAAAUAAGAAAACAAAAAGGCCUACGCCCAAACUGUUACCAUUAUUGAAUUUAUUAACAAUACAUUGCCAUAUUAUUUAUACAUUUCAUUGAUCUUGAAGGAAGUUUAAGAAGGGCUACCACUGAAAGAGAUGUACAUCAGCAUGUUAAUGUGAAAGAAAAAGACUGUUUUGGAAAGAUCCAAUAUAAGGAAACAACUGUUUAUAUGAAAAACAUUGCAAGGUGUACUUGUUAAUUUCCUUUUGUUUUCACGUAUACUUAAACAACAUGAAAUCGAAGUAAACUAUAAACUGAAUCAAAGGUACAAAUUACCUCUGAGUCCAAAUUAUUUCGGAUUGUCAUGAUAAGAACAGGAUAUUUCUUAUCCUAUUAUUUUUCACUCAUAGCCAAGAGGGCUUUUAAAUUUAGAUUUAAAAUUCAAUUAGAAGCUUAUAAAUGCUCAGGUUUUUUUUAUUUCUUGGAGGACUUACGUUCUUUCGUUGACCAAAUUUUGUGAGUGAACAUAUAGGACUUUUACAAGCUUACCCAUAAAAUUUUAUUGAAAACGAAGUUGCACAUCCUGAGUUAUUGGGACAUCAACAAAAAAUUAGAAGGCCUGGGAUAAGCAAACAAGUGUCAUUUUGGCAAAAAAAAUUUAUGUUAAUCAAUUCACCUUUAUACAUUUAUAAAGUUUGUAACAGGUCUAAAAUUACUGAUGACAGAAAAAGUCAAAAUUUGCUAUUACUUAAUAUGACAUCAUAAUUUAUGGAGCAUAAUUAAAUCUGAAAUUCUUAAAAUGUGAAUA